CAGCACUACUCCUUUUGGAGUCAGCCAAAGCUACGACAGUUGAGUGACGGGACUAGCUAUGCAGAAAUUUACCGAAGAUCAGGAACCUAUACCUUUAAAUCAUGAAGCGAGCACAAAGAAAUCAAAUUGGUUUACACUAGCUCGUAAAAACGAUAUUGGAUAUUGAUAACACAAGCAGAAAUUUUUGUGUUGAGAAAUUUGAUAUUUGAAAUUGAAAGCUGAACAAGCGUAUUGUUUAGGUUUUUCAAAUCUCAUUGUUUGAAUUCGGCUACUUACAAAUAGGUCAUUCAUUUAUCGCGGUCAUGGCCCACGAGUCUGUUCUGAUUAUCGGAGGACGUAUUGAUGAGAAUUCUAGCCAAGAAAAGUUGUCGAAGUUUCUUUAUGAUGGAUUGGUGGCUGCAUUUGGCGGUAAUCUUGACAAUUUGGAUCCAUUGUUUCUGGAGUGUUUAACAAAAUCUGCAAAUCCUACGGAUACUAAGGAAUAUGGUCUAACUCUCGAAUAUGCCCUAAAUGAAAAUAUUCUCCUUCGUGUGCUAUUCAAUCCAACCUCUGAACAGUUGCGUUUCGGCUUACAAGAAGCUCUAACUCAUGCACUAGGCAGCAAUGAUAGUGCAGUUGUUGAAUAUCCUGUAACACCAUCAACACUUGGAAAAGCGUCUAUUGUCUAUACAGGCCAAUUGCUUGGAUUCACUGGUGAAUGGUUAUUACAAGAUUCAUCAUUUGGAGGGAAUAAUCUCAUGUCAUGGCUUGAUGGAGAAGCAGCUAUGAGUUGGUGGCCUCAUUUGAAAAAAUUUUCAAAUUUUGGUGAUCAAAUUAAAUUGAAUAUUUUCACACCGAUUGCUGGGAGUGGAACAUGUUGGCCAGUUGACAAAUCUGGUCGACCACAAACCCUUCUAACACAGAUUAAUGCACGUAUGGCUAAAUUGGAUAUAAAUAUUGAAGCAGUUUGGCGAUUAAAUGGCAAGCAAUUGAAUAUGCAAGGGAAUUUAUCUGGUUUUCAAGGAUUACGAUCAUUUGUUGAUGAUAUUAUACAUCGACAUCCAAUAAGUAAAAUACUCACCGAUACGGAUAUUCCAUCAGUUGGUACAGCACUGGAUGUUACACGUCCAGUGAUCUAUGUAUUUCCUGGUUAUGGUGUCACUUCUCAAUCGUCUGCUCUAUUCACUAUACAAGGAUUUACAGCUCUGUUGAACGGAAGUUAUACAACACAAACGUUACCAAAUUGGUGGCCAAUGGUUAAACAUUUACCAAAAUUGGACGCUGCUCUAAUUCCUGAUUGGUCGGCAUCAAAUAUUCUAACGUAUCGUUUUAUCGAGGAAGCUUUAAAAUCUGAACAAAAUGGUAGUCAAAUAUUAGGCGAAAUCUUAAUGCCGCCUAGUAUGAACUCUUCUACGGAUGGCCUUUCUGAUAUAUCUUCCGGAUUGAUUUUAUCUCCACCAACCAGUCUUUCUGGCGCACAUCAUGGAACAUGGGCUUCAUCAGCUAGUAUGUCAGGUGAUUCAAUCCCCCCUUCUCUGGUGCUCUAUUCAAAAUUAGGCUGGGGUGAAUUAAAACUCCAGCCGUUAUCCCUACGAUGUGGUCUUUUACUUAUGUGGGAGUCAACUGUACACGGUAUUCCAUCACAACACCCAUUGUGUAUUGCUAUCCCCUCCGUACAGCCGGCUAAUUUGAAUCCAGUACAAUGCCUUACUCGGCUGAUGAAAGCAUUGUGUCAAGUACCACAACUCUCAGGUCCACCAUCAGCUAACCGUACUGUCAGUGGAAAGUCAACUGUCAAAUCUACAGUGAAACAGGCGCCGACACGAACGUCACUCAUACGAUCAACGAAACCGGCAUUGAAUACAACAUCAACGGUGAAAGAAACACUUGCUUCAAAGACAACCAAUAAUAAUAAUGUAAAUGGAAGACCAGCUUCAACAAGAAAUAUUUCAUCAUCAUCUCCCUUACAUCAAAAGCCAGCGACUACAACAACAACGACAACGUCUACAAAAUCACCUUUAACAGCGCCUACAUCAAAGAAACCAAUUCAUGAGAAAACUACACCAGAUGCUAAACACCAUGUGAAUAAUUCACAUGGGGGUGGUGCUAUCGACGCGCAUCAAAAACGUCCAACUUCAUCAACACUACUCGAGGCAAAGAAGACGACGAAACCCUUUACAACAUCUACUAAACAACAACCGUCUGUAUCAGAGUUGACGAAACCAUCUUCAAGACCAUCAACUGCAGCGAAGUCAGCAGCAACACUGGCCAAGUCAAAACCUUCACCGACUACAACUACUACCACUGCUGAACGCUUGGCGGCACAUUCUAAUCUAGUUAACAGUACUACUAAUAAUAAUGCGGCAAAGUUGCAUACACGUAAAACAGAGCCUACAACACACUCAACAUCGUCAAAUAAACUACCAGUAAAGAAAUCUACUAUAACUGGUGCAAAGUCGAAUCAUCAUGCUCCUCCUCCUCCUCCUUCUAAACCUAUCACUGAAGAAGCAGAACUAAUACCUGCUGGAACUGCUGAAUCUAAAGAUGAGAUAAAUGGUAUCAGUGCUCCUGUUGCGGUUGGCAUUGCUACCGCGGCGGCAGCGGUAGGAGUGACCGCAGCAGUAGCUGCUACUGCCACUGCUCUACCACAUGCUACACAGAAUGAUACACUUCAAUCACCUUUGAAUGAUUCACUUGAAUUAGCCUCUGUUGAUCCUUUGCUUAGUGGUUGGAAAGGUUCCGCUGAAGAUGAUGAUAAUCAGGAGAAAGAUGUUGAUGUACAAGGUGAUCAUCAGAAUUUGUCAGUUAUCGAUGAUAAGGAGGUGUUAACAGCUGAGGUGAAUAAAUUCAUAACUGAUGAACAAAUAUUGAUUAAGGAUACAGAACAAUCACAACCACAACCAGAAGAAGACAUUCAACAAGAGUCAAUGGCGCCGCCACCACCACCACCAACAGCAACAACGACAACAGUAGGAGGAGGUACAGGAGAAGAAGAAUUAUACAAAGUUCACAAGGUGAUCCAAGAGAAUAUGAUGUUAGCUGAAGAAUCUGAUGAACAAUUGAAUCAUGAAUAUGAAAGUGAAAAUGAAGCAAAACAACCGUCAUCACAUCACGAGGAACAUGAAUCUGAAGUAGAAGUGGAACAACACGAUGGGGAAUUUAAACAAUCGUAUAAUGAUUCAUUAGUUGAUGAAAGCGAAGAUUUAAAUGCAAAUGUUGUAGUCGAAGCAGAAGAAGAAGUCGAGGAAGAAGAACAGCACCUGCAACACUACCAACAACAACAACAAGCACCACUACCACAGGAACAAGGAAGUCUAUACGCUUGCGAUCAUGAUGAUAUGAGGACUGAAGAGACUACUGUGCCUUAUGAAAAAGAUAUUUCACCAGAAAUUGAAUCCAAUCGUGUAGAAAUGAUGCAACAAUAUAAAACACCAUUUGACGAUGUGGAUCCCGGAGUAGAACAAAACCAGCCAAUGGAAAUAGCAAAUGACGACAGAUCUCAUUAUAUAGUAAAUAAUAACUUUGUCCAGGAUGAAAAUCAAGGCGGUAUCGAAGCUGAACACGACAAUGACCACCAUCAUCAUCAUCAUCUGCAGGAUGAUAUUGAUGAUGAAGAUGAGGUAAUUAUUCAUACUUCUGAGGAUCCUACUCUCGAAGAAUAUCAACUACAACAGCAACAACAAGAUGAGGAAGAACAACUCGCGAAGCAUUUCAAUGUCAAUGAACAUGGAGGAAAUCAAGGGUAUAUGUAUACGCCGACAUCAUUACCUGUAUGUAUGAUUGAAGAUAAUAAUAAUAAUAAUGAUAAUAACAAUGUAGAACCACAAGAAAAUAUAAUUGAUUAUAAUACUACUGAAAAUGUUAUAAGUAGGGAAGAAAUUACUGUGAAGGAUAAUGCUGGUAGUGGUGAUGAUGCUUGUGGUGAUGAAUCAAGUUUCAAUGAAAGUUACUAUGUUGCUAAUAAUUCGUAUUUCGCGCAUACACCACUUGGAGAUACUGUAUUGUAUGUUGGAGAGGGGAAAGAUCCACGAGAAAGAGAAGAACAAUCGGGAGAAGUAUUUGGAGAGGCAGUUGAGGUUGAAGAGGAGACUUCAUAUUUAGAUCAGACAUGUGUUCACGAAGAAGAAGAAGAACAAGAAGAAGGAGGGGUAGAGGAACAAACUCAUCCUGAUGUAGCGAUCAACAAUAAUGAGUCACACCUGUUAGUAACCGAUGAAAUGAUGAAGCCGACUGAUAGUGAUAUUGAUGUGGUCUCUUCUGAUAUACCCUCUCAUAUGAUGACUAUGAUGACGACGCCAACAAAAGAAGAACCAAUUGCAGAAGAGGAAGUAAGGGCAUCAGAUCAUCCUGCUGAACCAGAAGAAAACGGAGGAGAACACAGAGAAGGAGACGUUGAAGUAAUAACAGGGAAUCAUCAUGUAGAAUCUGCUGUACCACAUUCUGAAGAAGAAUAUCCGUUCGAUUCUAAUGAACAGGAGAAAUUGCUUCAUCAAGUUGAAGGACAACCACCACAACACCAUCAAGAAAUCGAAGAAGAAGAAGACUUCGAGAAUGAAGAUGGGAAAUCAGAUAUUGACGAAAUGGAGACAGAAUUUGUUAUAAAAUAUCAAAAACAACCUCAACAAGAACAAGAACACGUCAUGCCUACUACUACUACUACUCAUAAUAAUAAUAAUGAAGACAUGCCAAUAAAUUAUACUCAUCCAACAUCGAUUGAAGAAGUUUAUCCAGUAAAUCAAUAUACAAAUGAAUUUGAACACUAUUCAAAUCAACCGGUUGAUUAUGAAUAUACAGGGAAUGUUAUGCUGCCAUCAACUCAGACAAUGAACGCUUAUCCUGUUGAUUCAAGUACUGAUAACGAUCAAGGAUUACGUGAUGAUUAUUCGCCUUCUAGUUUAUGUGAAGAGACGAAGAAGGCCAACGAUGAACAACAACAACAACACACCGAUAUGUUGAUAGUGACAGACGAGUCUGUUCAAAAAGUUGAUUCUACUACACAUGAUGAUUCAUCAUUAUUGAUUAAUCAUGAAGGGCAGAAAUUUGAUGACAAUCAAAUUGAUGAUAUAUAUCAACCGGAGGAUAAUAUUACGGCGACUACUACUACUACUACAGGUUUACUUGUUGAUACUGCAGAAACUAUCACUGAAUGUCAACCAAUGUGCAGUCCAGACUCUGAAGUCUCAGACGACUCUAUUAUACGUCGUCCAGAUCAUCAUCAACCACCACAACAACAACAACAGCUCGAAGAACAACAUUAUAAGGAGGAAGAAGGGGAAGCCGAACACGAUGACUAUAUGCCUGAUGAUAAUGAUGAACAAGUUCAACAGACGUCUGUAGUGAAUUCGCUAGUUUCUACACCAAAUCGUAGUCUAUCACCAAAUCAAAAUAUUGUCAGUUCAACACAUCCAAACGAUGAUGAUGAUGAAUAUGAUCAAUGUGGUGUGACAUCAGUUGGUAAACAAUUCAAUGAAGAGGAACAACAACAACAGUUCCAGCAACAACCACACGAUGAACUGUUGGAUUAUUCAAGUCUAGCCCAACAAGCUUAUUCAUCAUCAAUGCUGUUGAAUAAUAAUACCAAUGCAUCAAUGAUACCGACUACUACAAGUAUGACUACUGAUCAUGGUGAUGGGGAUGGUGAUGACGACGUUAAUACGACGAUGGGGAAUUGUAUGCCUUCAGAAGAAAAUCUCAAUGGAAUUGCUACUACUACUACCACUACUACAGCCGCUUUUGAAAGUCAAUUACACGCCGAUCUUUCUGCUUCUUCUACAUCCCCACCUCCUCCUCCACAUCAGCAGCAUCUUCAUCAGGAACAGCAUUCUGAUGUUGAUGAUUUGAAAGAAUCAUUGAACCAUUCAAUGAAUAUUACUUCCACUACUGCUCCUACUACGAUUAAUAAUAAUUAUCCGUAUACAAAUGGAUUUAAUCUCAAUGGUGGUAAUGCGAAUGGAUAUUCAGGUUUUGAACAAAUUCCAACAAAUAAUCAAGGUUUAGAUGAAAAUCAUCAUUACAACUACUUGUAUAACAAUAGUAAUAGUAGUAUCAUGAACCAAUCAGAACAACCAAAUCAACUGCUAGAGACAAUGAUUGAUGAUCAUGAUGAUGGUGCCGAUGAUGAUCAUCACAUUACUACAAGUGAAUUAUUGAAAUCUGCCCAUCUGUCGUCGUCACACUCACCGUACACUUCUCUUCAAAUGUUCAAUAAUAAUGGUGAUGACAAUGAUGAUUUCACUGGGAAUGACCAGCCAGUAGCGACAACACCGAAAACACCUCCUCCAUCAGCCACCUUGUCGGUUAGUUCAUUGAAAGAACUCGACAACUUGAAUAGUAGUAAUAAUACUAAGGAUUACCAUGGAGAUAUUAUAGAUCAUCUAAUGCAAGAUCCACAUUAUGCAAAUACAACAAUGGCAACAACAGCAACAACGCCAACUGCAGAUGAAUCAAUAUUUGAUCCAAUCAAACAAUGGGGUCAACCACUUGGUCUUCCAGCACCAGUACCACCGAGUACAACAGCAAAUCAUCAUAUGAAGGUAUCUCAUGCUCCAAAUGUGUCCGCUAAGCGUAUACGAUCAGCUGAUACUGGUGGGAAGACGACAUCAGCAACCGGUGAUUCAAAUGAACUCACUCUACCUCCUGGACCACCAGUUUAUCUUGAUGUUAUUUGGGUGCCUAAUUAUCUUAUUCGUGUGCCUCAAUCAAUGAUUAUCGAUUUCUUUACACGUGUACGUUCAAAAAUGUACAUCCUAUCGGGUGAAGCACUUCAUCCUAAUAUAGCUGAAGCAUUGAUUACAGCUAAAGCGAAAUGGAAUCCUGAUGAUGUUGCCUAUCUGUGUCGUUGUGAUGCCAAUUCAUCUGAUGCUGUCAUUACAAUCCUGCCAACUUAUGAACCAAAAGAAUGGAUACGUUGGCUAGAAACACCUUGUGGUCGAUUAGAUGAACAAAAAGGCUCAGAUCGACUAACAGCUAAUCACUUUCGACUAUUGCCUGCUGUGAAUCUAUGCAGUACACAAUUUAAUGCUGGUGAUAUGAUAUUUGAAUGUGAAGGAUUACGUGUGGAAUUCUAAAACAUUUUGAUAUUAUACACAUAUAUAUAUCUAUAUCUAUGCAAUAUGUAUGUAUGUGCAUUCAUGUGGUUUUUUUUGGGGGGUGGGUGGGUGGUUGAUGAGACUUUGUGAAGCUGAAAAUGGAAAACAAUUGAAUCAUGUUUUACUUCAUCUCUCUCUCUGUCUCGCGCGCGCGUGUUGUCUCUCCGCCUCCCCCCCCCCGCCCUUCUAUCCGCGCAACAAGCCCCUCUAUUUCCUUUCUUUUGCUUUGUUUGUGCUUUCAUUGUGUGUGUGUUUUCGUCUUUAAUUCAUGAUAAAAACAAUUAUGUCUUGAAGAGAGACAGUUUGUGUGAUCUCUCAUCUAUUUGAUAUUUAUAGCCGAAGUUUCGUCUUCUUCUGCUUAUUCGUGUUCGUCUUCGCCUUCCUCUGAAAAAGGCGUCUUUGUAUCUCCUCUUCACCUCUUCUUCUCGCAUUCAUUCAUUCACCGCCGUUAUUCAUGAGAUAACUAUCUCUCUGUCUGUGUGUGUGUGUGUACUGCACAUCGCUUACAACAAAUAAACCAUGAUUACCUCAAAAAUUAAUCAAUAAAUUGUGUUACUUUUAACAGGGAUUCAAUUGACACAAGUGCGCGCGCGCACACACACAGUCAAUUCAUUCUAGUGUGUGCUUGUGUGUGUGUGUGUGUGUGUGGAGGGGCGGUGUAUACACGUGUUGAACAGUUUCCUCUUAUCGCUUUGCUCUGCUUUUUUCUUCUUACUUUGUCUUGCCAUCGUUUUUAUGUCUUUCCUGUUGUCCCACAUAUUUUCUUUUUGUAAUCCUCGUCCGCUAUUUUUUGACCAAGAAACAUUUUGUGUGUGUGUUUGUGUCGUAAAAUUGAAGUGUGUACGAAUCUCCUUUUUAACAUGGAUGAAUGCGGAUAUUUAUAGUACCCUUUAUUUUUUAUUUCAUCGCUUUAAUUCACUUCUUGGACAAGUCUACAAAAAAAACAAGAAGGUGGGGAACGCGGGUGGUGAGGUAUACACACAACGAGAUGUGUAAUCAUUCGACCUCUUGCCUUUUUUUUUAGUUUUCUUUUCUUUUUGUCCUCUUCAUUUUCCCUUUUGAGUUUUCUUCGCCUUUUUCUUCUUUCUUUCUCUCUGUGUUUUGUAUACUUUUGUUGAAUAUUGACCUCGCUUUAUUCGGCUCUGUUUGUGUGUCCGUCCGUCCGUCCGUCCGGGGUCUUCAUCACAGUGUGAUAUGUAUACAUAGCUCUAACUCCUUCUCAGUCAUUUAGACAAAGGGAAAUGUUUGAUAGAAGGGUGAAAAAGAGAAUCCUAUGCGACAUUGUUCUCUUUUAUAUUUUCUAUAUUUGUUUUAUUUAUUUUAUGGCUCCUUCUCCUCUCUCUCCGGUUUGUUCUUGUUCUUCUGCUUCUUAUCCAUGCCCUUCGUUCUUGGCAUUGCUUCGCCUUGUGUUGUGAGCCUCUCGUAGUGGGCAUAUGUCUCUCUCCCUUGUUCGUGUGUGUGUAUGUGUGUGUCGGUGUCGGUGGUGUUGAGUUGCCUUACAUUUGAUUGUUUUGUGUUUCAUUGUCAACGUUUCGCCUUUCUCCUUCCUCUCUCCUUCUCUUUCUUUGUUUCUUUAUUCAUUUAAAGACAAAAAUAAAGGAAGAAGAGGAUUGUGUGUGUGUGUGUGUGUGAUCGAUCACUACUGAUCAUUUGUCACUGCCGCCACCGCCGUCAUCAUCGUCAUUUGCCACCGCUGUUGGCCUUCGUCAUCAUGAUCACCAUCGUUGUCGCCGUUGUCGUCAUCUUUCUCAUCAUUCUUUGCCAUGAUCAUGAUCAUCAUGUUUUUGGGAUUAUUUGUGCCAUUUCGUUCGUCAUAACUGACGUUUUUCCUUGUGUGUGUGUAUGCGUGGGUAUGUAUGCGCGUUUUCCUCAGCACUGUCGACUGAUUAACUGACUGACUCAUUAUGUGUGCUUGCGUGUGUGUGUGUGUGUAAGUGUUGCACCGUCUUGCCUAAAUAACACGCCUACAAAUCCAUUGGUGUUAACUCAAUUCAUUAAUUAAUUCAUUUCAAUGACAAUAGUAAUACUACUAAAUAAUACUACUAAUAAAAUGACAAUAAUGCCUCAUAUAAAUAUGUUUUACAAUACACACACACACAAUUUAUUCUAUUAGUAAUAAAUACUUACAUAAUUGAAUCACUGUUAU